AUGGGGUUUCCUUAUUUGCGCCUGAAGUCUGACGAGAUCAGACUCUUGAAACCCCUCACGAGACCACCAGAGCCAUUGUCGUUCGAGAUCGUCCACGUUCCACUGCCCUCGAGACCGCACUAUGUUGCAUUGUCGUAUACAUGGGGCCCACCAGACAAUAGACACCAGAUCUCGCUCAAUGGCCGAAGAUUCUCGAUUCGGACGAAUCUCAACGAUGCGCUCCAGCAGAUCCAAAGCUCGAAGCUAGUGAGCGACUACCUAUGGGUCGAUGCCAUAUGUAUCAAUCAGGGCGAGGAUUCAGAUGCCUCGAGGGAAAGGAGCUUCCAGAUCACUCGGAUGAAGCAACUUUACGAGCAAGCUGCCAAAGUCCUGGUCUGGCUGGGAAACGCGAUUAACGAAUCCAACAAUCGUCUGGCCUUUGAGACGUUGAGCUACUUUCGAAAAUUGCGUCUCGCUGAUAUGAAGAAAGCCUCCCCUUAUCGUCCGUGGUGGUGGCCUCGCAAGUAUCGAACCAAUGGCCAAUAUAUUGCGCACUUCGUGCAGACCGUCACGACUAAGAGCGACAGGAGGAUCUUUGACGUCCCUGGCUCUCGAACACACAGUGCUUGGCUCGGGAUCGUGGCUCUGUGGAAAAGCUCGUGGUGGACACGGACAUGGGUCUUUCAGGAAGCCACCGUUCCGGAGCCCUGGGUCGCGAUUGCAAUCAGGCCCGGGCCCGCGUUCAUGCCCCCCUGCAAAGUGAAAUUCCUGUGUAGUGACCAGCAGACCGACUGGUUGGAACUCACUACCGCUUAUAUAAUUGCUGCGGGCAUCUCAUCGACUCCGGGGAUGGAAGCAGGUUUUCUCACCGGAGCCGCAGAGGAGGCUUUAAAGCUUAUGAUCUUCAGAGAAUUGCGAAUUCAGGAAGCCACAGGUUCUUUCUUGGAGGUUCUGGACAUGCUCCGACACAGCGACUGCGCCGAUGCAAGAGACAAAGUGUAUGCUCCCAUGUACCUGGCACCGGAUGAUGUGCGCGGCUACAUCCGACCUGACUACGAGGGCCAGACGGUACUUGACGUGUAUCUUAGUGUCGUUCGGUAUUGCGGCGGCUCAGAUUGUGAAAACGCCUCAGGCGUCGAGUCCAUUCUGCCAUCCUGGGUGCCGAACUUCUCCAGCAGCACCAAGCAAAAUCCCAUUCCCAAGUACCUGUGGGCUCCUGAAAAUGUACCUGAAAGAGCCGUAGCUUUUCUUGAUCGCCGAGGUCUGCCAAACUACAAGCUCUCUCACCUGCCGUCCUUUUGUGCUCUUGACGCGGAGCUACCAGCAUCUAAGAAGCCUCAAAUUCGAGGCAACGACACCCUUCUCGUCAGCGGAGUAUACGUCGAUGUACUCAAAGAUAUUAUACCAGACUCCAGACCAGAUCUCGAGGCCGCUAAGGCGGUCGCCCGAGUCAAGGGACGCGAGUGGGCGAUGGGGAUGCACAAUCAGUACGCGACAACCGGCGAAACCUACCUCGACGCCCUCAAAAGGACACUCGCGCUGGACAUCGUCUACGAUGACAACGGCCGACCGUCAGAACGGGGCGGUAAAGUGGAGAAUGAAUUUUUGCAAAGACCGCGUGCUGAGCUGUCGAUGACCGAGUACCGCUACCAGCUCAAUAUGAAGGCCGCACGUGCCAAAGCAUUCGCUCAACGAGACCUCGGACUCAGCAAGGACAACUAUUUACUCGUAAUUCCCAACACUGCCUCGGUCGGCGACGCAAUCUGGGCCUUGAGUGGCGGGAGGGUACUGUACUGUUUGCGACCAGUCGACGGCGGAGAAGUGCAUCAGUACAGAAUCAUUGGCGAAUGCUACGCUCACGGACUGAUGGACGGAGAGAUCUCGAGACGUGUGCGCAUGGGAGAAGCCCAUUUUCGGGAUCUUUGCAUCGUCUGA